AUGCAUGGAAAGCAGCUGCGACGUGAUCUAGAAGGAUCAGGAGGCACGCCCAACCCACACGACGUUAGAAGUUCAAGCAGACUAGGACGGACGGACGGUUCCAGGCGGCCAUCGCGCCUCGGGACGUCCGCAGAGACAUGUUUUCCGUCGGUAUCCGCUCGUCCGCCUGCUCUGCGUUUUAAGACUCAGCUCUGCUAUGGAUCGCACGACAGACAAAUCCAGCUGCGCUGGUUCUCCUGUUGCCAGUACCACAGGGAGAUCAUCAGGUUGCCCAUCGAACGAGGUACUGUUGGUGCGCUCGGUCGAUACGCACGGGGCCUCGGCGGGGAUCUACAGGAUCUCGAUUCGAGACCGCAAGAACGAGAAGAGAAGCAGACAAGCAAGCAGGUAGCGCGCGACCUCGAUACUGGAGGAGAGGGCCGCACCAGCAGGAACCUUGGUUAA